CCUAGUAAUGUGUGUGGUACAAUAUUAUUUCACUGUGAAUAUAUGGAAUCCAAUCCAUCUUUUUGAUAAAUUUCUGUUUGUCUUGACUCUAAGAAUACUGCUUACAGAUCCUAUACUAAAGACAGUGUUUGUUGGAACAUCUUCGAAUUAUAUUCAGCUCAACCUGGUUCAGUCACACAGUGCCUGAACGUGAAAGGAACUGUGAUUGUGAAUGAAUGAUGUGAAAUUGAAAGCUUCCACUUCGCCAUUAGCAGACAGACUAGGCACUACGUUAUUGUCACUCGUGGAAUGGAGAGCACUCAGCAGGACAAGCCUGACCCAGCUCCACAGGCCAGCUCAGCUUUGGGUAUCCCUGGACAUCCAAGGUCACAGAGGUCAAAAAGUAGUGAUGAUCCCUCGACCAGACCACCCCUUGAAAGAGGCACCCAGCUUAUGAACUAUGGCUCCCAGAAUCCAAUGUUAGUAGUAACAAUGAAACAAGACGAGUCUGCAGUUCCACAGGACUUAUCCAAGCAUGGUAGUCACAUAUCCAGAGAGUCAUCCUCAGAGACCACAGGAACUAAUAUGGACAUGCAGUUUGUUGUCUUGGAUGAUGAUGAUGAAGAUGACAUUGAGGAUGAUGUGAGGGUUGAAUUCAUGCAAACUGAAUCCUUGGACAGCCCUGGUGAGGCAUCAGCAAAUGCUGCAGGAUCAGAAAACAGCAGUCCAGGAUUCCUUCUGAAGUGCAGUAUGUGUGAUCGUGUGUUUUCUAGCCAACAGAGACUCAUGCUUCAUAUCAACAAGCACAUGGGAGCUAAGCCGUAUGCAUGCCCACAUUGCCCUGCUAACUUCAACUCACGGGCAUCGUUUCAAAGGCACAGGCGAUCCCACAAGAGCUCCAUGGCUGAUAUUCAGACACAUACCUGCACCCUUUGUCAUGCUCAAUUCUCAGAUAUUCAGCAUUUGACAGAGCACUUGAAGAUACACACAGAAAAGAGGAGAAGCUGUCCACAUUGUGGAAUCUUCAUUGGUGGUUCUCGCAGCAUGCAAAAGCACAUCAGCAUAGAGCAUCCUGCAAUGGUAAAGACCUAUAAAAAGCACAGACCACCAAAUAUACCUGUUAGGGUUGACCUCCAAUCGGGAAACCCAGACCCAUUGCCUUCAACAUCACAUGAAGGAGAUAAACCUGUGAGUUGUAGACGUUGUGGCAGACAGUUCCAAACAAAUAGGGCAUUACAAGGCCAUAUGAAAGGGCACAGUAGACUUUAUCAGUGGAACCCUCGGAGAUGCAAAUGUGGGGUUCUGUUGGCUGACGAGGCAGAGUAUCAAAGGCACCUGAAGAACUCGUGUUGCACAGCUAUUUCUAGUUCGGAUUUGUUGUCACCGCCUAUAGACUCACCUGGAAGUCUGUCUCCUGUCUCACCAAACAGUGCUGCGCAUUUGAUGGCUGUCUCUGCUCAGAGACAAGCUAAUACCCGUAGCAGGAGUCUAGACUCGUUCUUGAGAAAUCCUCCAGCACCUUUUGCUAUGAUCAGUAGGUAUCCUGCAAGUGCAGAGGGUGCUUUGGUCGAGUUUCCACCAUCCCUUGCAGCAAGAUAUGCGGGAUCGGCACAUUCAAUGGGGAGUCUUCAAUAUGAAACAAGUAGCCCGGUCAGCAAAGAGACACCAAGCAGCCAAAGUGCUUCGGAACAGAGAAGCCAGAGUCCCAUUAACAGAAUCACCAUCAAGACAGAAGCUGAGGAGGAGGAAGAAUGGAGUGAAGUUGUGAACAUUGUACAAGUACAUAGUAACACAACAACAUCAGAGGAACCAUCUGGUGAUGGUGAUAGUAUUCAGGAGCCACAGCCUCACUAUACUUUCAACAGAGACGAAGAAAUAGCUAACAGAGAAAGGACUGAACACCAAGUUGUAGGUUCAGUUACAAAAAGCAGGCAUAAUGAGAAAGAUGAUCAACAUAGGAAAGUUCAGUCUGUGACCCUAGGUGGAACAGAGGCAUCAUCAUCCAGUGGAACCAUGCAAGUAGAUAAACCAAUAGAGCCUGCCAUUUCUCCUAGAUUCUCUGUACCUCAGGGAAAUGAUUCUAGAAAGGGUUCAGACUCUGGUCCAUCUCUUGGGAGAAUGAGCAGUGAAUCACCAAAUAUGCAGAUUUCAUCUUCCCAGUCCAGUCACCCACCUCCUCCUCACCCUCUGGUCAAUUCAUCCUUGCUGGGGGAUAGAGACCAGGAGGGGUUACCAUGGAGAUGUUCCUUCUGUGGUAUCACAUUUGAAGACAGUUUGAUGUAUGUCAUACAUAAGGGAUGUCAUGAACCAGGGUCUAGCUUCCGAUGUAGUAUGUGCGGAGAACAGUGCGCUGAUAAGGUCACCUUUAUGCUACAUUUUGUUAGAGGGCAGCACACAAAACCAACUCAUGUAUAACUUGAAGGGAUACUCCUGUAAUUUGUUUUUGACUUGGCUUUUUAAACAAGUUUUUUUUACAACCUGAAAGCUUGUCCAAGGCUUGCCUGACAUAGCAACAAGUAAUUUAUGCAGGUUGGAUUCCAAUUAUAGUAGUUCAUUUAUUAACAAUAAAUUAAUGGAAUAACCCUUCACUAGUAUACAUGUACUGUACAUGUAGGUCUCCAGGAAAGAAACAUCAAUACAGUAAACCAGUCUAUUAGCCAAAUACAUAUAUAUUUUAUUUUUAAUAUACAUGUAUUAUACAAAGAAACACUAUAUAUAUAGCAAUUGACAGUGAAAUUAUAUACUCUAUUAAAUACUGAAUCAGUCACACUUAUUCAAAAAUGUGUAAUUGCUCGCAUCUAUGUGUCUGUGCUCAUUACUACAUGUCAUGUACAUGUAUCUAAUAAUUGAGUAUUUAUUAACAUUGUAGUUCUUUCAGUAAUUUAAAAAUAGUUGUAAUGGUCAUGUGAUACGGUAGAUCAAAGAGAGUUAGCAAAGCCCGUUAUAUGAUAGACUUGUUCACAUAUGGUAUUCCAUUUUAUAGUGAAUAAUUUCUUUCCAAAGAGUCCUGUUAGUAACUUCUGCACUUCCAUGUUGCAAGUUUAUGUAUUUCAAUAACUAGAAUGCAGUUUGCAUACAUUGCUUGUUUCUACCCUGGCUAGCAUUGAAGGUUGAGUACCAUUGUUCACUGUUUCAGAUGCAAGCCUGAAAUUUUGAUAGUUAAAAUUUUGUGAACUGUUUGCACUGAUCUUUUCACAGAUGAAAGAGACAUAGCCGGCCUGUAUUCUGCUCAAAUGUGUACAUGGUCUUUAGUUUAAAGUCGUGUUUUAGCAAAGGAAUUUAGCCCCUGCAGGGGCUAAGUUUUCAUUUUGUUACACAGAACUUUAGACCGAGCAUCAGGUUUUAGUACAAUUCCAAGUUUCCACCCUUCAACUUCAAUAGCUGUGUAAGGAUGCGCAUGUAAAAAAGGAUCCAAUAUACAUAUAUUUAUUACAAUGCAUGUUGCAAUGCACAUCGUCAUGAAUUUGAAAUGCGGCAGACAGAUUUUGAAGCAACUUGUUGAGAUGACAAUGUUCUGCCACUGUACAGUCUUUGUUUAUACACGUGCAUGUUUGAGCUAACAUUCAGUAGAGUAAAUUGAAUAAGCUUUUGGAUGGUUAUAAUUGUAUUCUUUUUCAUUGGUUAACACACCCAGAUGAGAUAUAUUGAUGAUUGGCCAAACUGAAACGAUAAUUGUGAUUAUGGUAUGCUUAGAAAUGGUUACAUUGGCGCUUGCUAUUUGGUGCACCUCUCUGUAAGUAUUUGAUGUAAAAAAUGGCGUUUCUCUGAAUCAGAUUGUUAAUAUCAGAAUUCCAAUUCUUAGAGAUCCUUUUGAAUGUGAACUUUUAUGUAUUUCUAUCCAAGAUACAUGUACCGGUACUUAUUUUCAUGAUUAGGCAAGAUACUUAAUACCAUGCCAAAACAAUUAGAAAAAUUAAGUUUGAAAGAAAGUCUAUUUUCAUUUCUGUGUCAAAAAGAAUAUGUGCUUUGUGUCUGCAAAGUGUUAUUCAAAUUUAUGUAAGAAAAUUCUGUUAAAGCUUUAUGUGAUGUGUGUGUGUGUGUGUGUGUGUGUGUGUGUGCAUUUAAGAGAAAUAUACAUUAUAUCACUAUUCAACUCUACAGUCUCUGAUAUUAUAAUUCUUUAUGUAUACUACUUACAUGUAGAUUUGAAUGAUAUGUGAUACAAAACAUCUAAAAGUUUUACCAAAUAUGAAAUGUUGUUUAUAAUUCAGGAGUAUAGGAGUACACUAGGCAGUUAUAAAUGUCAAAUAUUAUUUCAUAUUCCGUUCUCUAUUUGUGUCAAAGAAAUGUCUCAGAGACUAUAUCAUUCACUUAAACAAGAAAUGUUGCUACAAAAAUAUAA